AUAUGGACUAAUGUAAUGAAAACCCAUUUAGAUUGGCCAAGCUCCUGUAAAGAAAUCAUAUCCAGGGAAAGAUGGGGCGGCAGAAUGCCAGUUGCGGUAGACUACGCAAUCAUGCCUGUCAAGUUUGCCAUUAUACACCACACAGUGACACCGGAAUGCAAUUCUGAGGAAUCCUGCUCUAAAAUUAUGAGGAGCAUUCAAAAUUUCCAUAUGGAUACGUUGGAGUUCCACAACGUGGGGUACAACUUCCUUGUUGGAGGUGAUGGAAAAAUUUACGAGGGCUCAGGAUGGCAUAAAGUAGGAGCUCAUACAAGAGGAUAUAACAGCCGAUCACUUGGGCUGGCCUUCAUCGGAGAUUUUUCGAAUAAAAAACCACCAAGUAUCCAGAUACAGGCGGCGAAGGACUUCUUGAAGUGUGCCCUAGACUUGGGAGAACUUGACAAAGACUAUAAAUUAUUUGGAGCAAGACAAGUCAGCGCUACAGCCAGUCCAGGAAUAUACAUUUUCAACGAUAUGAAGAACUGGCCACAUUUCACGACGUCCCCGUGAGAGGUCGUUACUUACAAAUAUCUGUUUCCAAUUCUCAGCGUCGAAUAUGUCGGACACCUCAGCUAUGCAUAGUUUCGGCUUAGAUUCUUUCGUAUUUUCAUCAGUCACUUCCACAUAAUGAAUGUUGGUAGCUAUAAGUGUGAUCUCAGUUUUAAGGAACUUAAAAAACCAAUAUGGACGUUUUCAUCUGUUGCAAUAAUGCUUUAGUUUUGCAUUUUUUGAUUUGUAACCAAACAAUGAAUAAAAAACAAAUCCGAAUUGUGAAA